UAAUAGUGGCGUUCUGGGAUUCACCCUUAAGUCACGGAAUAAACGUGUUUGUUGGAUUGGUCCUGUGCUUCACCAUGAUGGGGCUGGGUUGUACGGUGGAGAUCAGUCAGCUGGGCGAACACAUUCGCAAGCCCAUAGGAGUGCUUUUGGCAGUUGUGUGCCAGUUUGUGCUUAUGCCCCUCAUAGCUUUCCUCCUGGCUUUGGCUUUUUCUCUAAAUGAUGUGGCUGCUAUGGCUGUGCUGCUGUGCGGCUGCUGCCCCGGGGGAAACCUCUCCAACAUCCUGUCACUGCUGGUCAACGGAGAGAUGAACCUCAGCAUAGUCAUGACCAUCUCGUCUACUCUCCUUGCGCUCGUGCUCAUGCCGCUGUGUCUGUGGAUGUACAGUCGCGCGUGGAUCAACACGCCCCUGGUGAACCUGCUUCCCUUCGGUGCGAUCAUUCUAACUCUCUUCAGCACACUCAUACCCAUCGGCCUCGGGGUGUGGAUCCGACACAGAUAUUCACGAGCAGCUGACAUCAUUCUUAAGAUGUCCUUAUGGUCUCUCCUGGUCACUCUGGUGAUGCUCUUCAUCAUGACUGGAACAAUGCUUGGCCCGGAGUUGCUGGCCACCAUCCCCGCCUCAGUUUACAUGAUUGCAGUGCUUAUGCCCAUGGCCGGCUACGCUUCAGGAUAUGGCAUAGCGGCGCUCUUCGAUCUCCCCCCUAACAGCCGGAGGACUGUGUCUUUAGAGACAGGCUGCCAGAACGUGCAGCUCUGCACGGCCAUCCUCAAGCUGGCCUUCCCACCGCAGCUGAUGGGGGGCAUGUAUAUGUUUCCUCUGCUCUAUGCGCUCUUCCAAGCAGCAGAAGCCGGUAUCUUGAUUCUGGGUUACCGAAUGUACAGGAAGGAGGUAUUACAUAAACAGGACCUUAUAGAGGAGGAUGAUGAUGAUACUAACAUAGGUUACAAGCGAAUGAAGGAGGAAGAUGGGCCGUUUGAUUCAACGUAUGGCGCUGUAACAGCAAGUGAUCCCAAUGUCAUAAUGCUGGAGUCACAGGAUGGUGUAGGAAGCCCCACGCCUGUAUAGAGGAGAAAACAAUUGACUUGGUAUUCACCACGGACAAUGGAUUUGUGUAAUAUGUCUUCACCUUAAAAUUUAUUCAUGUUGAUAACUAAUCGCAUAUUUUAUGUUAAAAAAAAAUGUGAAUAUUGUGAAAAUGGUAACUAUAUGAUGACAUCACACAGCAGGGACAUGCAAAGUUUACAGUAAAUCAUUUCUAAACACACAAUUCAGAACUAAGCUCGUAAACUCUACAUGAUGUGGUUUGGAAGGAUUUACAUUUACAUUGCCUUUAAGCAGACGCUUUAAUUCAACGUGACAAAUAAGGGACGUCACAAGCAAGUGCCAAAAGAAAGAUGCAACACAAUUUAAGUUAACUCUUAUGUGCAUAUAUUCAAAUAAAGUUAUGAUGUAAGACACUUUCAGAGUGUAACAGAAGAAUGCAAAUCAUACACAAUUAAUAUAGACUGAUGCGGAUGCAUGAUAAAAUAAAACUGCUAUUACUGUACAUCAGUAAAUAAAUUGCACUGAUUUAUUUGUUUGCAUUUUGUGCACCCAGAGGAUGAGAGGAAUGAUUCAUAUCCCAGUAGGUAUUACAAUCUCACUGUUUAUCUCUUUAUAGUUGAAAACAGGGAGUUUAAUAACGCUUGAAUCCCACUCUUUGAUAAGGCUAAUAUUAAAGGCUCAAAGCAGUGUCAGUGUAGGAUCAGAACAAAUAUGAUAGAAGGUGCAAUAAAGAGAUGUUUUAUAGGAAAAACAUGAUCAU